GGUUCGGAUGCUGGUCCUUGGCUCCAACAUGGGUACCUACGAGUUGAGGACGCUGCCCCUGUUCCUUCGCAUUCCCAUUCCGCCCUACGCUGUUCACGAGGUGGUGAGCGUGGAGCCCGAAGCUCAUCUUUCGAGCACAGGCAGCCAGCUCAUUUUCCACGCAGUCGGCGAGGAGCACACCGACAUUGUCAGGCACUUGCCUCUGGUGCCCUCCGACCGAACACCACUGUCCGAGACGCUGGAAUCUCUGCAGGAGACCUACGAGCUUCCUGACUUCGACCUGGUGGUGCUGUCAGGUGGAAGCCGAGACAAGCAGAGCGAUGAGUUGCAGGCCUUGAUGAAGACAGGCUUGCUGCACAACGGCACCGUCGUGUCGGCACACGGACCCGGCAGCGAGCACGACACGACCGGCAGGUAUCUUAUGGGUCUAGGAAACCGCAGCUUUAACAACCAGGUUCAUGAGCUCGAGGAUGGUUCAGCCGCGAUCCUUUCCAUCUACCGCCCUCGCUCCCGUGACGAGCUGUGA